AUGCGAGAUAAUCAUCUAUUUAGAUGGUUUUAUAUUUUAUUUAUUAUUUCAUUUUUAUUUUCAUCAUGCACCGAUGGUAAAGGAUUUGGUGGUGGACGAGGUGGAGGUGGCAGAGGUGGAGGUUCUCGAGGUGGAGGAUCUUGGGGAGGUUCAAAAGGUUCAGGAACAUAUGGUGGAUCAUCAGGUUAUAGUAAUGUGAAUAAAGGUCGUUCCGGAAGUAGAUUUAAAAGUAAUGCUAUGAGUUUUGGUGCUGGAGCAUUAGGUGGUAUAGCAGCAUAUUCUUUAAUGAGAUCGAUGUCACAUUCAUAUCAUGGAGGACCUGGAUAUUACGAACCGGGUUAUGGAACUGGAGAAACAUGUGUAAAUAAUGAAGAUAUGAAUGGUACACGAUUUGGACAAUUUCGUUGUCCAUUGAAUGGAUUUCCAAGAGAAGCCAAAUAUUGUUGUGGUGAAUAUGGAAAACAAUAUUGUUGUAUUCGUGAAGAUAAUAGUGGUCCGUUUCGUGGUGCUUCGAAUUUUGGUUGGAUACUUCUUCUUAUAAUAAUAGUCGUUAUUGUCAUUGUUCUUUUUACAAGACGUAAUCGACAACGACGAAAAGAUGAUGUAAUGGUUCCAACGGAACCACCAAUUGAGGAACAACAAGGACCACCUUUUUAUCAUCCGCCACCGCCACCCAUGGGUUAUCCACCACCACCAACUGGAAAUCCAUAUGCAGUUCCACCACAAAAUUAUGAUGGAAAUUAUCCUUCUUAUCCACAACAAUAUCAAACGCCUUAUCCACCUCAACAGCAAAUGCAAUAUCCACCUCAACAGCAAAUGCAAUAUCCACCUCAACACCAAAUGCAAUAUUCACCUCAACAGCAAAUACAAUAUCCACCUCAACAACAAUCACAUAAUCCGUAUUUCGCAAAAGAAGGUGGCCCACCAGCAUAUGACGAUGCAUUACGUAACAAUCAGGGAGCAUCUUCAACAAAACCCUCAUAA